UUGUAUUGCACAAAAAUCAAUAUGGCGCCGCGCCAGGUACUGUAUAAAUAAAACCUACUUUUGAAAACAACAUUCCAUAUAUAAAAAUAAAAUAUGGAUUCCCAAGAGAAUUUUGAUAAAAUCACGAAUGCUAUUAAUGAAACAUACGAAAAUAUUUUACACGAAGUCUGUCAUGUGCCGAGAGUAAUGAAUUUGACCGACUUCUACGGCAUGUACGAAAGGGAAGAAAAGGCCAUAGAUGAAAAAUACGAUAAUGUACCAAAGGUUACUCCCACCAUUGAACUAUUUGCAGAAGUUUUCAAAAAACUUGAUGAGUAUCCAGCCAACUUGCAAAAGCCCAAGAAACCACCACCUAUGCGUGAACGUCUAAAUUCUACCAUAUCGAAAUCGUCUCCCACUCUAAAUGAUUCCACUGGUUCAAGUACUUCAAGUCAAAAUAAAGAAAAUUCCCUUAGUUUGUUUAAUUUGCAUAAGAUUGAGACUGAUGUGCCCACUGCCUCGGAAACUUUAAGCAGUUUUGUAAAGUUCCAAAAGCAAUUAAAGUUAUUAAAUAACGAAAUAAUGCAGCAGGAGCUAGACAAGGAAUAUGCUCAGAAAUUAAAGCAGUUAAAUGUAUUUGCCCAACAGCUAGAGAAAAUAUUGCCAACAGAAAAGGUGGGCAAAUGCGCUAUAUCACCCGAAGAGGAAUCCACUUUAGAGGAUUUGGCUAAUAGAAUGGAUGAUCUUAACUUUAUACGAGCCCAUCAGGAUAUCUUGCAGAAUGGUCCAAACAAUAGUAUUCCAGCAAAAUUGGAAAAUUUAGUGGAUGUUUUAUCUUAUUGUGUACUAGCGAUUAAUAAUUUUAAUAUAAAUUAAUUUAUUUUUUUAAAAGCUUA